GGGAGGAGGAAGAGGAGGAGAAAGAGGAGGAGGAGAAGGAGAAAAAAAGAAGAGGAGGAGGAGAGGACAAGGGGCCGGGAGAAGACAGAGUACAAGGGGACCCAGGAAGACAGAGGACAAGGGAGCCAGGAGGACAGAGGACAAGGGGCCAGGAGGACAGAGGGACAAGGGCAGGAGGACAGAGGGACAAGGGGAGCCAGGAGGACAGAGGACAAGGGACCAGGAGGACAGAGGACAAGGGGCCCAUGA